CAACGCAAAACCUUCCAUCCUUCAAUAACCAUGGAUUCAGCACCUUCUCCGUCCUCUCCACCCUCCCCACCCUCCCCAACUCCCUCCUUAACCUUCGACAAAUUCCCAGACCUCCCAACCGAGUUACGCAGGGUCAUUUGGAAGCUCGCGCUUCCAGGUCCUCGAAUCGUCCAUCUCAAGCAAAAGCUAUUGAAACAGCCCGAAGGCCGCUGGUGGGAGAGAGUCAGAUCGGAUGUUGCGAUGUGGGAAUGUGACAAGCCAUUCGAGGAAAAUGAGCCAGAUUCUGACAAGGAGGUUGCUGCUGAAGAUGAAGGCACAGAUUCAGACUCACAGCAAAGCUCAGACUUCGGAGUCAGAAUGUACAGACCUGACUCGCUGUGGGGAUACAGCACAGAGACCGAAAUACCUGCUAUGCUGCUUGCUUGUCGGGAGUCUAGAGAUAUUGCGCUUGGAUUCUACCAACCUUUAUUCGCGUCGCUUGGGGCAAAAGCUCAGGUAUACUUCGAUCCUCAUCGAGAUACCCUCUUCAUUGACCACGAAACAUUUCUCUGCGAAGAUGACGAGAUGGCGGGCUGUCUCACGGAGGACAUAUUACCAAGCGACUUAGCAGAAGUCCGGGAGUUGGCGAUCGAAGGUCUGGGCCCUUACCUCGAUGAAGGAGUAACGUUUGAGGUUUGGCUGAUCAACGUCGUCGACAUCUCUGAUCUCUUCCCCAAUGUCAGCAAGGUUACAGAAAUAUGUGCUCAUUUCACUUAUGGGCUCCAAACCCAUAUCGGCCAAAAAUAUGUUGAUCUCAAGAAAGCGGAAUUUGGUCAAGAUGAAGAAGACAUAUAUGUGAAGGAUAGAUCAGGAGACCAUCCUCCGUACGGCACUUUCUAUAUGAGAAAUCUUCGUAUUGAUCGAUCAUUCAUCGAUUGGGACAAUUUCAUCGAUCGACAAGUACCAUCCGUGCGUCUAGAAGACGAUCUUUUCGAGGAGUUGAGCGAGUGGCGAGAACAAAACAAAGGUUUCAAGGCGUUCAAUAUCAAGUUAGACGUUAGAGGCCUCAUUCCUGCUGCAGACGAGAGACUUCUAUUGCACGAUGCGGCACUAUUCGAGAAAGAGCACAACAAGGGAGAAUGGCUCUCAUACAGGGAUUGGGAACUGGAUAUUCAAUCUAAAGAAGUUCCUGCGCACUUCUUUACAUGA